ACACAGGGUUUUGUUCUCAGCGCUGACCACGCCCCCUGGGUGUCUGUGCUGUAACGUUAUCCUCUGCGCACACGGAAGUAGCAUUAAACCAGAAAACUUCGGGUCUUGCGAGAGUUGGUCCGUGUUCUCUCCCGUGUGUUACAGCUGUCGCUUCAUCUGUCUGUCAGGAUGGUUGUGCUCUCCAAAGAGUAUGGAUUAGUGGUGUUGACAGGCGUUGCCAGUAUUGCCAUGGUUGGGCAUCUGGGCAUCAAAGUUAGCAAAGCUCGCAAGAAGUACAACGUGCAGUACCCUCAGAUGUACAGCGAUGAUCCUGAAACCGGAAAGAUUUUCAACUGUAUCCAGCGUGCACACCAAAACACCCUGGAGAUAUACCCCGCCUUCCUCUUCUGCCUGGCUAUUGGUGGCUUGAAUUGUCCACGUCUAGCCAGUGGACUUGGAGCUGUAUGGAUCAUUGGCAGAGAGGUGUACGCACAUGGGUACUCUACAGGUGAUCCUAAAAACAGAAGGUGGGGAGCAUUUGGCAAUGUGGCUUUCAUCGGAAUGAUGCUGACCACAGCCAGCUUUGGCCGCCAACUGUUGGGUUGGACGGGACCCCGGAUGGGCCGUUUCUGUAAGACGCCCGAUUGCUGUUGAGGACAGCGACUAAGCCUGGGUUUUUAGUAAUGAUAAUAACAAUAAAUACUCCUCUACAUAACUAGUAUAAUGUGUCGUACCUUGAAGCAUGCAUGCUUUAACCUCUCGUCAGGAAGCCGUUGACAAGUGACCUGACUGGUUCUCGCUGAGGGAAAACGCCUCAUUUACCAUCAUGAUUGUGUUUUUUUCACAUACGGGCAGUCCUGUUCCGUGUGACAUAACAAGUCAGUUUAUAUCAUUAAAGCAUUUUUACCUGCUUUCCGGUUUUGACAAGUUGAAUGAAUUGGCCAAAGAAUGUAUCUUUUGUAAUAUACAAAUGAAGACAAUGUUAUAAAAAGGGACUUUUCAGGCACGACUGAAGUACAAAAUAAAACCUUAUGUUUUACCUUUUUAUCUGGCAAAGAAAUAAAUGAAAGUGGUUAUUUAAAAGAAUGCAGGUGUCGUGUAAGAAAACUCAAACUUAAUUCCAAUCACAAUCAUUAUCUCUGUUAUUUUUUCAUUAUAAAGUCUUCUACUAUUAAAUAUGACACAUUGGUUAUGAA